GCGGUCUUGGGAGGUGUGUGUCCCGGGGGCGGGGACCGGCGACGCGGGCAGCCGGGCUCAGAGGUCGGGCACGGGGCUCUGAGUGGCCGGGGCUGGCCCCCCGAGGCGGACCCCGACGGUGGCGCGCAGCGCUGGGACGUGCCGGGUCGCCCCCGCGUCCCCCGUGCACUCGGUCCUGUGCCGACCCCCCUGCGCUCCCGCCGCUCCCUCAGCUCCGUGCGGGCGAGGCUGCUGGGGACAGCGAGGCGCUCCGGCCGGGGCUCCGGCCGGGUCAGCGUCCCCGCCUGCCGCGUCCUGCCGAGCGACCCUGGGAUGCGUGUCCAGAUGCCGGCCUGGCUGCCACAGGGGAUCCCGCUGGGAGACUGAAAGGGCAGGCUACAGGGCCUGGGUUGAGGCUGACCAGCCCUGAGCCUUAGGCCAGGGGAAUGGCAGCCCCCCUGGACCCCCCAGAACAGGCCCCUGCAGAGGGAGAAGGGCUUCUGAUAGUGAAGGUGGAAGACUCCUCCUGGGAGCAGGAAUCUGCCCAGCAAGAGGAUGGCAGGGAUUCUGAGGCUUGCCGCCAGCGCUUCCGGCAGUUCUGCUAUGGAGAUGUGGGUGGGCCUCACGAGGCCUUCAGCCAACUCUGGGAGCUCUGCUGCCGCUGGCUGCGGCCUGAACUGCGCACCAAGGAGCAGAUCCUGGAGCUGCUGGUGCUAGAGCAGUUCCUGACGGUGCUGCCUGGGGAGAUCCAGGGCUGGGUGCGCGAGCAGCACCCGGGGAGUGGUGAGGAAGCUGUGGCCUUGGUGGAGGACCUGCAGAAGCAGCCAGUGAACGCCUGGCCACAGGCUGUGCCUGCAGAGGAGGUGGAACCUGAGGCUGCAGUCCAGAGAUCCCAGGCCAUGGUGGGAGCAUGGAGCCAGCUGCCUGUACCCCAGGAGCAGCACAACCAUGGUGCCCAGCGUCCUGCUCUUCCUAAAGAGUGGAGUACCAGAGAGAUGACAGAUGCCUGCUUUGCCUCUGGGGUCCACGAACCUAUGGCAUUGGGAGACAUUCCCUUCUACUUCUCCCGGGAAGAAUGGGGCUCCCUGGACCCUGCUCAGAGGGAUCUCUUCUGGGACAUAAAGCGGGAGAACUCCCGGAACACCACCCGGGCUCUGGUCCCAGAACCAAGUGGGACUGAAGAGGCCGCCUCCUCUCCCCUUGCAGGUUCAGCAUUUGGAAGCCAAAACGAGAGGUCGCAGCUGGAGGAGGGGGCGACGGCAUUACCAGGCCAGGUGUGUGGCGACGUGACUGUGUCCUGGAGCCCCGAGGAGGCUGAAGCCUGGGAGAGUGAGAACCGGCCGGGUGCGGCCCUGGGCCGGGUGGCCGGGGCGCGGCAGGGGCGGCCACCCACACGCCGGCGCCAGUUCCGGGACCUGGUGGCCGAGAAGCCACACAGCUGUGGCCAGUGCGGGAAGCGCUUUCGCUGGGGCUCGGACCUGGCACGCCACCAGCGCACACACACGGGCGAGAAGCCGCACAAGUGCCCCGAGUGCGACAAGAGCUUCCGCAGCUCCUCGGACCUGGUGCGCCACCAGGGCGUGCACACGGGCGAGAAGCCCUUCUCCUGCUCCGAGUGCGGCAAGAGCUUCAGCCGCAGCGCCUACCUGGCCGACCACCAGCGCAUCCACACCGGUGAGAAGCCCUUCGGCUGCAGCGACUGCGGCAAGAGCUUCUCACUGCGCUCCUACCUGCUGGACCACCGGCGCGUGCACACCGGCGAGCGGCCCUUCGGCUGUGGCGAGUGUGACAAGAGCUUCAAGCAGCGUGCCCACCUCAUCGCCCACCAGAGCCUGCACGCCAAGAUGGCCCAGCCCGUGGGGUGAGCGGCCAGCUUGGACCCGAGGCCGUCCAGCCAGGUGCACGCUCCCUGUGAGGCCUGGCCGCCGUGCGACCUUGGGGACUCUCCACCCCUCCGCGUCGCACACUCAGAACGCCUGCACUGCGGACCUGCCCCCACUGAAGGGAACGGAGUUCCUUCCAGCCGCGUGUUUUCCCUUCUGCGCACGGGGUCGGUCUUCCCCUCCAGUUUCCUGGAGCCCAGCCCAGCAGUAGCACCGGCACAGCAGGGUGGCUGAGGACUCAGGCAGGGCCUAGGUUCCCUUUCCAGAAGCCCCCUCAGCCUCGCUCCCGUGGCUCUUUGUCACCUGCCUUCUGUGUGCGUCCGCCGGCCAGGCCCUUUUCCCUGCCAACCUGUGCCUUCCAGUGGGGUAGAGGACUGGCCUUGACACCCCCCAGGGGGCUGCUGGACUUGGGGAGGGACAGUGGCUUACACCUAGGAGAGUCUGGGUCCUGGGCGUGACCCCGGGGCUCCACCUCUCCCAUUUGCAGGCCAUGACCACUCUGUCCCGGCUAUUGCUCUCAGCCCCUGAGAGCCACCCACCCGCCCAUCUGGUGAGGGUGGUGGGGCUCCAGCUACAGGGGGCCCACCCCAGAGAGCAGGAAUGGGGCGCUGGCUGCUGCCUGCUCCUCCAGAGGAGCGGCGUCAUGUACUUAACACUAGCACUCCAUCAGCACUUUGCUGCUGACACCUCAGCACUGUAGUCCGUGUUUUCCAUCUGCAUCGUUUGCAGAUUUGUGUUGACAGGGACGGACCACAAGCCCUCUGAGGGGGCUCAGCCCUUGGGCCUCAAGAGGGUUUGAAUAAACGUGGA